AUGUUUUGUUUAAUAGCGUCAAUAGUUGCAUUAGCAUACAUAUUCUGGGAUGUCAACUAUUUUUUAAGAGUUGCCUUUACAAUUCUAAUGGGCAGGUUGUGUCAAAAGAAGUGCGGAAUCAAUGAUACAACAACAAUUUAUGGAUUUUGCACAACGCAAGAUGUGGAUAUAUUUUUGAAGCAUAUGAAUAAUGCUCGUUACGUUCGAGAGCUCGACUUUGCCAGGUUCCACUUUUAUGACAGAACAGGAAUCUAUGCUAAUAUAAAAGAAGCAAAAGGACAUGUACUGCAAGGCGCUUCAAGUAUUCGCUAUAGAAGAACCAUUCCAAUAUUUUCAGCAUAUAAAAUAGAAACAAAGCUGGUGUACUGGGACGACAAAACGCUUUUUAUUGAACAAAAGUUUAUUACAACAAGUGAUGGAUUUGUGCGAGCUAUUGUAUUGUCUCGACAAAACCUCUUAGAUGUCGAUUCAGAAAGACUCUUUAGAGAUAUUCCUGGAGCGGACGCCAAACCAGAAUGUCCCGAAGAAAUCCAACACUGGCUUCAAGCUAUAGAAAUUUCAAGCGCACGAUUGAGGAAGAAGGAUUAA